GGCUACGUACGUGCGUCUGUGUGCUACUGCUCGUUGCCGGCCAAGACCACGCAUUUGCUUGCGGCUUGCGAGAUGCGCGUCUGCGCCUGGUGGACACUAUCGCCCCAGACAGCACCCCUCCUCCCUCCAUUAUUGAUGGGCGGAUGCUUGACUCCAUUAUUUCGGUACCUGAUCUGAAAGAUUCUCGCUUUGCUUUGCCUUUCUUGGCUGGAGCUCUAUCUCCAGGUUCUCUUAUCUUAGCUAGUUGUUAGGCUGCUCCGGAAAGGUAGCUUUGCUUUGCCGCGCGCGCGCGCGCGAUGAAGAGCUCGAGCAGCGCCGCCGGCUCCGGCUCUGGCUCUGGCUCCGGCUCCGGUUCCGGCUCCGGCUCCUUCAACCUCCGGAACCUGUCCAAGGUCAUCCUGCCGCCCCUCGGCGUGCCGUCCGGCAACAGCCAGUGCCAUGGCGGCUCCAACAAGUGGGUCGUCUCGCCGCUUGACUCCAGAUACAGGUGCUGGGAGACGUUCAUGGUGAUCCUGGUGGCGUACUCGGCAUGGGUGUACCCGUUCGAGGUUGCGUUCAUGAACGCGUCCCCCAAGGGGGGCCUGGAGGUGGCCGACAUCAUCGUCGACCUCUUCUUCGCCAUCGACAUCGUGCUCACCUUCUUCCUCGCCUACAUCGACUCCAGGACCCAGCUCCUCGUCCGCGACAGGAAGAGGAUAACCCUCAGGUACCUGUCGACGUUCUUCAUCAUGGACGUGGCGUCGACGAUCCCAUUCCAGGGCCUGGCCUACCUCAUCACCGGCGAGGUCAGGGAGGGCGCCGCGUACAGCCUGCUCGGCGUCCUCCGGCUCUGGCGUCUCCGGAAGGUCAAGCAGUUCUUCACCAGGCUUGAGAAGGAUAUCAGGUUCAGCUACUUCUGGAUCCGCUGCGCACGCCUCGUCGCGGUGACCCUGUUCCUGGUGCACUGCGCCGGGUGCCUGUAUUACCUGAUCGCGGACCGGUACCCGCACCGGGAGAAGACGUGGAUCGGCGCGGUGAUCCCCAACUUCCGGCAGGCGAGCCUGCGGAUCCGGUACAUCUCCUCCAUCUACUGGUCCAUCACCACCAUGACCACCGUCGGCUACGGCGACCUGCACGCCGAGAACACCGUCGAGAUGGUCUUCAACAUCUUCUACAUGCUCUUCAACCUCGGCCUCACCGCCUACCUCAUCGGCAACAUGACCAACCUCGUCGUCGAGGGCACCCGCCGCACCAUGGAGUUCAGGAACAGCAUCAGGGCUGCCUCGAGCUUCGUGGGCCGGAACCACCUGCCGCCGCGGCUGAAGCAGCAGAUACUGGCCUACAUGUGCCUCAAGUUCAGGGCGGAGAGCCUGAACCAGCAGCAGCUCAUGGACCAGCUGCCCAAGUCCAUCUGCAAGAGCAUCUGCGAGUACCUGUUCCUCCCGGUCGUCAAGGACGUCUACCUUUUCAAGGGGGUCUCGAGAGAAGUACUCCUAUGCCUGGUUACUAAGAUGAAACCGGAGUACAUACCGCCGAGGGAGGACGUGAUCGUGCAGAACGAGGCGCCGGACGACGUGUACGUCGUCGUCUCCGGCGAGGUGGAGGCCAUACUCUUCGACGGCGACCGCGAGGAGGUGGUGACAACGCUGGGGACGCGGGGCAUCUUCGGCGAGGUGAGCGCGCUGAGCGACCGGGCGCAGAACUUCACGUUCCGGACGAGGACGCUGAGCCAGCUGCUGCGGCUGAAGCAGGCAACGCUCAAGGAGGCCAUGCAGAGCAGGCCCGAGGACAGCGUCGUCGUCAUCAGGAACUUCCUCAAGCACCAGGUUGAGAUGCAUGGCAAGAAGGUGGAGGACCUGAUGGGAGAGAGUACCGGAGACGGCGAGUACGACGACAGCAAUCUGCUGACGGUCGCCGCGAUGGGGAACAGCGGCUUCCUUGAGGACCUCCUCAGGGCGGGGAAGGACCCUGACGUCGGUGACGCCAAGGGCAGAACUGCAUUGCACAUCGCAGCGUCGAAGGGGUACGAGGACUGCGUGCUGGUGCUGCUCAAGCACGCGUGCAACGUGAACGUCAAAGAUGAGCAGGGCAACACGGCGCUGUGGCACGCCAUCGCGGCGAGGCACCACAAGAUCUUCAACAUUCUGUACCACUUCGCGCGCGUGUCCAACCCGUGCGCCGGCGGCGACGUCCUCUGCAUCGCCGCGCGGCGGAACGACCUCGACACGCUCCGGGAGCUCCUGAAUCACGGCCUGGACGUCGACUCGGAGUACCACGACGGCACCACCGCGCUGCGCGUCGCGCUGACCGAGGGCCACGCCGACGCGGCCAGGUUCCUGAUCAUGAACGGGGCCAACGUGGACAGGGUGAACCUCGACGACGACGGCUCCAGCGCUGCGCGGUCGACGGUGUCGCCGGCAGAGAUGCGCGAGCUCCUGCAGAAGCGGGAGGUCGGCCACCCGAUAGCCAUCCUCGACGCGCCGGCGGUGGUCCGGGACGGCGGCUCGUCGGGGAACGGUCGUCAAGGCAGGUUCCUGGGCGCAAGAUCGGACAACGUGAGUUGGCCUCGCGUCAGCAUAUACAAGGGUCAUCCGUUCGUGAGAAACCACAGCUCAGAAGCCGGCAAGCUGAUCAAUCUGCCCGGCACGAUAGAAGAAUUCAAAGCCAUCAUCGGAGAGAAACUGAAAGUUGAUGUAGAGGGCGCGCUGCUCAUGAACGAUGAAGGAGCGGAGGUCGACUCGAUCGACGUGAUCCGGGACAACGACAAGCUGUUCGUGGUCACUGAAGAGCAUCUGAGGAGGUUGGCAUCAAUGGACUCGGUGCCUGCAUCGUAACAUUACUGCAUUAGUACGUGUCAUUCAGGUGUUUUCUUCAGAUGUUUUCAGUAGUACGUGUUAUGGUACCUAGUUGUGCAGCAGAGUUUAAUCUAUAUAUUAUAUUAUUAUUUAAGUGUUAAAAAAGAGCCACUA